AUGAAUUAAUAGAGAUGUCCCAACAAGCAGCACAAUUUAUAUCGACAUCAAGCAAUUAGAUACAAGGAUGACACAAUCAUAGAUUCCACCCACACUAAAUCAUAGACUUCGGAUUAGAGUAUUAAAUUAAGAAUAAUUUGAGAAAUAUCUAAAAUAUCAGAAAUCAAAGUUGUGAAUGAUUUUUCAAUUGACUCCUAAUGUUUGGAUCGUAGUAGUAUUCUAGAACAAUCUUUGGAACAUGAUUUGCGAUAAUGGCAAUAAGCAUAUAAGAUUGAUAAUUUGAUUGUCUAAAAACUUGAGAAAGGUUCAAUUUUUGAAUUAUCAAUAGAAAUAAAAGAUAUUGACAAUUAAAUAGUUUAGAUUGCAACUCAAUUUGAUGUUUGUAUGAAUUUGCAGUAAAAAACCGAAGCCAAAUUUAGAGAGUUUUAACAACUGAUGAAGGGUACAUAAUUCAUUAAGUUUUCCCGUUCUAAUUGUAAGAAAUGGGAUUAAAGAACGAUAUUUUAUUGUUCGUUUUUGGAUUCAAUUUGUUGGAAAUCAAGAACUUCAAAAUUUCCAUCUGCCAAAUAAACUAUCCCCAUAGAUUCUAUAAUAUAGAUUCAUACAAAUUACAAUAAGUAAAGGUAUCCAUAAAAUGUAGAUAUAAAUUGAUUAAAAAGAACUUUGUUUUACCACCAAAUGCUGAAUAAGAUUGUUUUCUGGCAAUUGAAGCAAAGAAUGGAGUUAGAUUAGAAUUACUAGCAGAGAACAAAGAAGAUUAGUUAUUGUAUGCUAAAAUUUUGAAUCUGUUGAUAAACAAGGAAAGAAACAUAAAAAACCAAAACUAAUUUAUAAUUGAACAAUAUUGUUUGGAUAUUAAUCUAAUUAGAAAAGUAUUGUAUAUUAAUAAAUGAAACUAGAACUUGGAGGGAUCCAAAAAGAAUUUCUUAGAGACAAUAGAUAAAUUACAGCAAAGCUUUAUUUCAACAACUUCAACUCUCUUGAAAUAGGAGAGAGAGAAAACUAAAACAAUUAAGAAAAAGUCAUAGCAUUUAGCAUUUUAAAGCAAACUGUAAUUGGAAGAUAUGAAUAAGGAAAAUAAAAUGUAGAAAAAACAAAUAGUUGAAUUACAGUUGGAAAAUGAUUAUUUGGAAAGUAGAAUAGAAUAGUUAUAAGAGUAUUACACUUCAAGGUAGUUAUAAAUUAAGAGCUCAGCAAAUCCUUAAUAAGUUUAGCUAUAUCAAAUAAUUAAAGAUAUCAUUGGCAUGAAUGGUGAUCAAAGUAUUCAUAACGAAUCACAAUAUGAAUAUUAGCCCUAAGAUUAUCAUGAAGAAAAUGUUAAAAACUUAUAAAAGCUUUCCACUCUUUAUGAUAGAUAAUAGAGUACUGAAAUGGAAUUAAGAUCAUUCAUUAAAGAGUUGCAGGAAGAGAAGUCUUCGAUUGCCACCUAAUUGUAAUAAACAUAAUUAGAUUUACACGAAUAAGAAAUGUAUAUCAUCGAAUUAGAGAAUAUAAAUAAUCUGUUACAAACUAAAUUACAAGAUGUUAAUCAGAUUUUAGAAUUCAAAGAGUAGUAGUUUUCAAAUCUAGUUUAGGAUAUGUAAAAAUUAUAAUAAGAAAUGCCAAAAAUAGUGAAUAAUAAUAGUUAAUACUCUAUUAGCUCAGAAACUAGGAGGUUGUAGACUGAAAAUGAUAAAUUAAAAGAUACCAUCCAAAUUAAAAUAAAGGAACUAAAAAAGUAACCCUAAAUUGUAUUUUAUAGUUAAAUGAUGAAAGAAGAAUAGAAUUGGAUGAACUUCUUUGUGCAAAUAAUUUCUUACAUUUGCUAUUAUAUUUCUCCUGAUGAUUUAUCAUCUGACAUUAACAUUACAAUACAAGGAAUGUAUUAUAAGUUGUGUGAGAAGGCUUAUGGAGAAUCUUAAUCCUACUUGGAUAAUUUAAUCAAUCUGAUUAAACAGAAAGCUAGUUUCUUUUAAAAACAAUAUAAUGAGUAGUUCCAAUAACUGUUUAAGGAUCAAUAAGCAAUAUUAUGUAGUGUAGCAUCAAGUUUUAAAUUAAAUUAAUUCCUAGGAUUACCUUCUCCGAAAACUACUAAUUCAAGACAAUCAUCUAAUUUAACUCUAUAAUUAGAUAAGACAUUUCAGUCUCCGAGUAGGGUGUUCGUGAAAAAUAAGGCCAAAUUGAGCAAAGAUAAUCAUCCUUUGGAUUCCAUAUAAAUAUAGUAUUUGACUUAAUUAAUUAAAUGA